GUUUUGGAGGAAAUGAAAGGCCAGAAGGAGCGGGUUGGGGCAAAUAAGAGGUUAGCGCAACGGGAGCUACCAGUGGCGGUGUCUCAUGUUCCUGGAAGAUGUUGAAGUCUGCCUCCAGCAGCGCGGGUUCUUCUGGCUCGGACGAUAUUUUUGAGGACUCCUAUUCUCCUUUCUCCCUGUCCUCGUCCUCCUCCAUCCUCACGGGAUCCUCCCAGGCUGGGAAAAUCUUUUGCAGCUCUUGCAGCCAGGAGAUAUUGGACAGGUACCUUCUCAAGUUGUCGUCACUUCAGGUGAGCAACCUGUGCUGGCACGUGCGCUGCCUGUCCUGCUGCGUGUGCCAGACAUCGCUUGGGCGCCAUGUGAGCUGCUACAUCAAAGACGAACAAGUUUUCUGCAAACUGGACUACUUCAGGAAGUACGGGACGCGCUGCGCUCGCUGUGGACGUAACAUCCAUUCCAGCGACUGGGUGCGGCGGGCGAGAGGCAGCACUUUUCACCUGGCCUGUUUCUCCUGUGCCACCUGUAAGCGCCAGCUGUCCACUGGCGAGGAGUGCGGGCUGUUGGAGAACCGAGUCUUCUGCAGGCCCCAUUAUGACACGAUGAUGGAGAACAUCAAACGUUCUAAAGAAAAUGAGCAAUCCAAACUAGACGAAGAGGAGGCAGAUAAAGAUGGUUCCAGCACCGUGUCCAGACCCGCGAAGAGAGCCAGGACCAGCUUCACUGUUGACCAGCUUCAGGUGAUGCAGACUCAGUUUGCAAAGGACAACAAUCCAGAUGCUCAGACGCUCCAGAAACUGUCAGAGCGGACUGGUCUAAGCCGCAGGGUUAUCCAGGUUUGGUUUCAGAACUGCAGAGCUCGUCAGAAGAAACACAUCAGCCCGAUUUCUGCCGGCCCAAUGACCUUGGCAUCGCUUCCCGCCGGCCGAAUCCAGCCGGUCCUUGAUGAUUUGCAAUGCACAACCUACAUGGCCCCAGAUGUACCCCUCCUCACUACGCUCACCUACAUGGAUGUACAACCCACAGACCCCCUCCUGCUUCAACCCCUCAUUUCCCAUCCACUGACGCCGCUGCCAGUCGGCCAUAAUGCUUAAGAGGGUGCGGAAGAAGACGACUGGAAACAAGAUCACGCUUCCUAAUGUGUCUCAUGCACUUACAUUCGUCACUUACACGAGGAAGUUGGAAAAUUAGUGUCUGUUUCUGUUUAAAUGUACUUAAUUUAUUCUGAUCAUAUGAUCAGACUUGCCACCUUUUUGUGUUUUGUUGAACAAAUGUCAUAUUUCAUUGAAUGUUUCCGUGGGUAUUGUUGUUUGAGACGAGCGUGGCACCGGGUGAUCUGCGAAGGAAUGUGGACACGGUGCCUGGUGUCCUCUGCCAGACGAGGAUGCCUGAGCACAGGUGAUGGAAAGAAUGUUAUGUGUCCAAUGGGAACGCUGGGAGACGGGGAUGAACUUCUCUCCGAAUGAAUUCAUGAAAAGGAUGCUGUUACUUGGGGUUAAAAUGGCUACUGGAAUAUGACACUGCUGAGGGGCUGUCCCCCCCCAACCACCAGGUGGUGGGAAAUGUUGAGGUGCAAUGAUUAAAAAAAAUAAAUAAAAAUUAAAAAAAGAAAAUGGCAAGUGUUCUUGAAAUGCACAUCAGGCAGGGACU